AUGGAGUGGGCGCUGCUCAUGCGAGUAAUGCCCAUUCUCCUGGUGGCCGUGGGAGUUGUAGUCGUGAGCACUGGAUUGCAGUUGAUUCCAAGAUGUGCACGAUACUUCUUUCGUGAAAGAGCCACCAACCUUGACUCGCGGCAGCUGGUUGAAGAUGCAAGGGAAAUCCCGAGAUCACAAGUCCACAUCCAACAUGGAAAGGUCAACCUACGCAAUCUGGUUCAGCAAGAAGCCCAACUUGGCCUCCUUGAGUUGAAAGCCUGCGGUCCCGAGCGCAUGUUGUCGGAGCUGACCUCGAUCACACGAUGGCUGACCAGUGAAAACUACCAGGUGAUUUUGGAGAAUUUGGAGGCUGAACUAUGA